CCAAACCCUGUCCACUGAUCUGCUUCCAGAAUUCUUGAAGGUGCUUUCCACCAUGAUCCAUGAAUGGUUGAAGCAGGAUAAAAUUGAUCUUCAUGUUGUCCUUGCUGUGGCCUGUGGCUCAUCUGCGGUGUUAUUGGCAUUGAGAUGGAUGGGCCAGAAAAAGAUCAAAAAACAAAUAGAAGAGGCAAGAAGGAAGAGAGACCAUGGAUUGGGACAAAUGGAAAUAGCUGUUCAGGAGUUUAAAAUGCAGAACCCCAAGAUGCAAACUGCUCCCAUCCUUUCUCUGCCUCUGGCAGAGCUGGCUGAGAAGCUGAAAGAAGGCUCCUUGUCUCCAGAAAGUGUCCUUUACACCUAUAUGGAGAAGGCUUUAGCAGUCACCCAGGAGGUGAAUUGUGUGCGUCAUUUUAUUCCAGAAUGUGAACAACACCUCCAGGAGUUGAAGAAACAGAAGCAAAAGGGCUUGCUGUAUGGCAUACCUGUCAGUAUCAAGGACCACAUUGGAUGCAAGGGCCACUUAUCAACAUGUGGCUUUGUUCAGUUGCUCAGCACUCUGGAUGAAGAGGAUAGUGUGUUGGUCCAGGUGUUAAAGAGGCAAGGAGCAAAUCCCUUUGUGCUCACCAAUGUCCCACAAUCCUUAAUGAAUUACGAUUGCAGCAACCCCAUUUUUGGCCAGACAGUAAAUCCCCUGGAUCAUGGGCGAAGCCCUGGUGGUUCAUCUGGAGGGGAAGGUGCUCUAAUUGCUGGAGGAGGGUCUAUCCUGGGAUUUGGAUCAGACAUAGGUGGAAGUAUUCGCCUGCCCUCCAGCUUCUGUGGUAUUUGUGGACUGAAGCCAACAACUGGUAGGCUGAGUCAUUCAGGAGUAAAGGGCCCUAUUGAUGGAAUAUGCUCAGUUACGGAAACAGUGACUCCGAUGGCAAGGGAUGUGGACAGCCUAGUUCUGUGCAUGAAGGCGCUCUUAUGUGAUGACAUGUUCCAGCUGGACGCCACCGUGCCACCUAUGCCAUUCAACGAGAAGAUAUACUCAAGUUGUACACCCCUCCGGAUAGGGUACUAUGACACUGAUGGCUAUUUCUUGCUCCCUCCCUGCAUGAGGAGGGCUGUGCAUCAAACCAGGAAGCUUCUCGAGGAAGCUGGUCAUACGCUGGUUCCCUUCACCCCACCUUCGGUGGACUAUGUCAGUGAUGAACUUUUUCUCAGAGGACUUUUUGCUGAUGGAGGCUCAACCCUGUUGGCCAUGUUUAAAAGAGACAUAGUGGAUCCUGGCUUGAAACCCCAGGUGUAUUGCCUAAGAAUUCCAAAUUUGCUGAAGAAAGUUUUGGCUAAGAUCGUCAAGCCCUGGUUUCCACGAUUGGCCAGCCAUCUGAAUGCACUCUGUGGAGUGAGGUCUGUGAAGAACCUGUGGGAGCACCACAAGAAAGUGGCGGCUUAUCAUAAGAAGUUUGUUGACCAAUGGAGGAAAUGUGAACUUGAUGUUGUCCUAUGUCCAGUUCUGGGCCCUGCGUUUACUCUUGGAUAUCCUGGAAAAAUACUGGCUGCUGUCUCAUCUACCAUGCUGUACAAUGUUUUGAACUUCCCUGCUGGAGUUGUGCCAGUCACCACAGUUACUGAAGCUGAUGAAGAAGAGCUGUGGCAGAACCAAGGACACUAUGGUGACCCCUGGGAUAAGAAAUUGAAAAAGGCUGUGGAAGGUGCUGUGGGACUCCCUGUGGCAGUUCAGUGUGUGGCUUUACCCUGGCAGGAGGAAUUAUGCCUUCGAUUCAUGAAAGAGGUGGAGGUGCUGUCCCAUGAAGGGAGGCAGAAAAAAGCUGCAUGAUCCUAACACCAUUCUAAGGCCAUUUGCCU